AUGGAUGACAUGUUCGAUGUGUUUGAGGGCAAGCCUGGCCGUCAAAGCGACAGCGAGGAGGAGCAGGUGCCGCAGCGACCCCGGAACCGCGACAAGACCAAGAAGAGAAAGGCGGACGAGGCCAUGAAUGGCGCAGCGACCCAGGAGAAGCAACCGGCCGAGGAUGAGGAUAUGGACGCCAACGAGACGAAGUCCAAAGACGACGAGUCCGACGAAGACGAAUCGGACACACCCAGCCAGCAAGACAAGAAGCGGAGGAAAAAGGAAGACGGCGUAGGACCCGUCUUGACGGAUACCUUUCAGACGGCCGAGUCGAGAGAAGUCGCCGGCGCCACGACACUGCUGCCACAGGAAUCCUCUCUCGUGCUGUCACAUAACAUCCAGCAUCAAGUCGCGCUGCCUCCGGACCUGGACUACGAGUACGUGCCACUGUCGGAGCACAAGUCCCCGGAAGAGCCGGCGCGCACGUGGAACUUUAAGCUCGACCCUUUCCAGAGCCUGUCAGUGGCGUCGAUUGAGCGCGAGGAGAGUGUCCUGGUGUCGGCGCACACGAGUGCCGGCAAGACGGUCGUCGCCGAGUACGCCAUCGCCCAGUGUCUCAAGCGAAAUCAAAGGGUCAUCUACACGAGUCCUAUCAAGGCUCUGAGUAACCAAAAGUAUCGAGACUUUGACGCCAUUUUUGGCGACGUCGGCCUCAUGACGGGCGAUGUCACCAUCAAACCCACGGCCAGCUGCCUGGUCAUGACGACGGAGAUUCUGCGGUCCAUGCUGUACCGCGGUUCCGAGAUCAUGCGCGAGGUGGGAUGGGUCGUGUUCGACGAGAUUCACUACAUGCGCGACAAGACCCGCGGUGUCGUUUGGGAGGAGACCAUCAUCAUGCUUCCCGACAAGGUCCGCUACGUUUUCCUCUCCGCCACCAUUCCCAACGCCUUCCAGUUCGCCGAAUGGAUCGCCAAGAUCCACCACCAAGCGUGCCACGUCGUCUACACGGAUUUCCGACCGACGCCGCUGCAAAACUACUUCUACCCCUGCGGCGGAAAGGGCGCGCGGAUGGUGGUCGACGAGAAGGGCAACUUCAACGAGAGCAACUUCAACAGCGUCAUGCAGGAAGUGGAGGACCGCAAGGGCGCGGAAUCAAACGACAUCAACGCCAAGCUCAAGGGCAAGGGCAAGAACAAGAAGACGAACAAGGGCGGCGGCCCCGACGAAGGAUCGGACAUCUACAAGAUCAUCAAGAUGACUAUCAAGAAAAAGUUCAACCCCGUCAUCGUCUUCAACUUCAGCAAGAGGGAGGUUGAGAACCUUGCGAUCAAGGUUGGCAAUCUGGACUUCAACGACGACUCGGAGCAGGCCAUGGUCGAAAAGGUCUUCAGGAGCGCCAUUGACAGCUUGUCAGAAGAGGACCGCGAGCUGCCCCAGAUUGUGCACUUGCUACCGCUGCUCAAGCGCGGCGUUGGUGUCCAUCAUUCCGGCCUGCUGCCCAUCUUGAAGGAGACGAUCGAGAUUCUCUUCCAAGAGUCACUGAUCAAGGUGCUCUUCGCCACAGAGACCUUCUCCAUCGGCCUGAACAUGCCGGCCAAGACGGUCAUUUUCACACAGGUCACAAAGUGGGACGGCGUCAAGAGGCGACCCAUCACUUCGUCCGAGUACAUUCAGAUGGCGGGCCGAGCUGGACGACGUGGUCUCGACGCCCGCGGUCUUGUUCUGAUGAUGAUUGACGACAAGCUGGAGCCGGAGGUGGCCAAGGAAAUCGUCACGGGACACCAGGACAGACUGAACUCGGCCUUUUACCUGGGCUACAACAUGAUUCUGAACUUGUUGCGAAUCGAGGCCAUCUCGCCCGAGUUUAUGCUCGAGCGCUGCUUCCACCAGUUCCAGAACGCAGCGAGCGUUCCGUCUCUGGAAAAGGAUCUCAUGGCCUUGCAACAAGAGCGGGACUCCCUGGCGAUCCCAGACGAGGCCACCAUCAAAGACUACUAUCAGAUUCGUCAACAGCUCAACACAUACACGGCAGACAUGCGGGCCGUCAUUCAACACCCUCAGUACAGCCUCGAGUAUUUGCAGCCCGGUCGGCUGGUGCAAAUCUACAACCCCAAGGUGUCGCCCGAUAACGUGGCCGGCGGUCAGGACUUUGGCUGGGGCGUGGUGGUCAAGCACGAGCCCCGCAAGGCGCCUAAGCUCGGUGAGCCGGAACAUGCGCCGCAGGAGUCUGUCAUUGUGAAUGUCUUGCUGCCUCUUGCGGCGUCCAGCUCCUCGGUGUAUCCGGGCCAGCCUUCGGCAGAGAUGCAAGCCGGCCUGGUGCCGGCCAACGGGGACGAAGAGGUCAUUUACGAGACGGUGCCGUGCCUGCUGAGCUGCGUCAAGGCCAUCAGCCAGAUUCGCAUCUUUCUGCCCAAGGACGGCCUGAGGACUGAUCAGGACAAGGAAACUGCCUUCAAGUCUCUAUCCGAAGUCAAGCGCAGGUUCCCUGAUGGCGUGCCGAUCCUCGACCCGCUGGAGAACAUGGACAUUACGGACGAAUCCUUCAAGAAGCUUCUGCGCAAGAUCGAGGUGCUCGAGUCUCGGCUGUUGGCCAACCCGCUGCACCUGUCGCCGCUGCUGCCUUCGCUCUGGGACCAGUACCACGCCAAGAUGCAAGUGUCCGAGAAGGUCAAGGAGAAGAAGAAGGCCAUCGCCAAGGCGCACAGCAUCGCGCAGAUGGACGAGCUCAAGUCGCGCAAGCGUGUCCUGCGUCGUCUCGGAUUCAUCAACGACGCCGAGGUCGUGCAGCUCAAGGCGCGCGUCGCGUGCGAGAUCUCUUCGACCGAAGGCCACGAGCUGCUCUUGUCGGAGCUACUGUUCGACCGCUUCUUCAACGAGCUGACGCCGGAAAUGAUUGCCUCCAUCCUGAGCUGCUUCAUCUUUGAUGAAAAGGUGGAGACGCAGGCCCUCAAGGAGGAGCUGCAGAAGCCUUACCGCGAGGUCCUGGCCAAGGCACGCAUCGUGGCCAAGGUCAGCCAGGAAUGCAAGCUGGACGUGAACGAGGAGGAGUACGUGCAGAGCCUGAAGUGGCAGUUGAUGGAGACGGUCUACGCAUGGGCUAACGGCCGACCGUUCUCCGAGAUCUGCAAAAUGACAAACACGUACGAGGGCUCGCUUAUCCGCCUGUUCCGCCGUUUGGAGGAGCUCCUGCGGCAGAUGGCCCAGGCCGCCAAGGUUAUGGGCAACGACGACCUCACCAAGAAGUUUGAGGAGAGUCUGCAGAAGGUGCGCAGGGACAUCGUGGCCGCGCAGAGUCUGUACCUGUAG